AUGCUUCUCCUCAUAGGUCAAGUUCUCUGCCUCCAGAUCUUGAAAGAUGCUUUUAUCUCCCUGUUAUUAUCACACACGAAACAGUUGCAGGCGACUAGACCUAUGCGGCCAUUGGGAUACACAAUCAAUCCUAAUAAGUAUCACAGUCCAUGUCAAGGCCCUAAGUUUGGAGGGUGUUUUGUUCCUCCAGAUGCAGUGAUGAAAGAGAGUGGGAGCUCCAGCUUUGAGUAA